AUGGCGGCACGUUUGAGUGGUGCAACAGCACGAGUUGUGAAAGGAGUGAUGCGAAGGACUCCGCCAAGAGCUGCUUUAACGCUCACUCCAGAAGCAGUAGAGCGAGUGAAGGUCCUUUUGCAGAAGGCACCUGAUAUGAAGGCUUUAAAGAUUGGCGUUAGGCAACGUGGCUGUAGUGGUUUAACGUAUACGUUGGAUUAUGCAAAAAGCAAGGCUAAAUUUGAUGAAGAAGUCAUACAGGAUGGCGUACGAAUAUGGAUCGAUACAAAGGCACAACUAACACUGUUGGGUACAGAAAUGGAUUUCGUAAAAUCGUCUCUCUCGUCCGAGUUCAUCUUCCGUAAUCCAAAUAUCAAAGGCACUUGCGGUUGCGGCGAAAGUUUUAGUAUCUGA